UUGACGUAUGAAUAGAUUUGGGUUUGGUCAUAAAUUGUUGUGAAGCCCUUAAAUUAAAAUACAUACAUUUUAUGAAAUUUUGUAAUCAUGUCGGGGCAAAAUGUUAAUGUCUGUGAUAUCGGUGAAGAUGUAAAAAAUGUAUUAAAGAAAUUUCGUUUUCAAAAACACAAUUCUAAUUCAGCAUUAAUUUUAAAGGUGAACAGAGAAAAGCAAGCACUAGAAGUGGAUGAGGAACUAGAGAGUGUUGAACUAGAAGAUCUUCAAGACAUAUUGCCAUCACACCAGCCUCGGUUUAUUAUAUACAGUUAUAAAAUGGAACACAAUGAUGGCCGCACCUCGUUUCCUAUGUGCUUUAUAUUUUAUACACCCAGAGAUGCACAUAUGGAGUUACAGGUUAUGUAUGCGGGCACACAGCGAGCCCUAGCGGCAGCGGUCGGCGCUCCACGUUUGUUGGAAGUGCGAGAGAUUGAUGAACUUACAUCUGAUUGGCUGAACGAGAAACUCAACAGAUAGACUUCACAUUAAUGCUAUAGGUCACUUGUAA